UCAUCGUCGUGCUAAAAGAGGGCGCUUUGAUAGAGCCUAGCAAAGCUGAGCGUGUUUAUGAGAUAUCUUGAAUGGUUUAUGCAUCAGUGUGUAAUUAGCCAUACAGUUAGCGGCGGCAACAGUAGUAGUACUGGUAGUAUUAGUAAAAAUCGUCGGAAUCAGGAGGGACGUUAUUAUUAUAAACUCUUUUCACCUUUCAUAACUCUAACAUAUUCUUGAAUAAAUAGUUCGUUACCCUUCCUAUCUUUCCUGUUUGAUAGCAGGAGUAACAAUAGAAAUAAUAAUAACAAUCAAUUAAUAGUGUUAGUAAUAAAUAUCUUCUCGGUAAUCACUUCGCAACGAUUCCCCGUUAAUAAAACCGAAACCCCGUUAGAAUACCUACCUCCUCCUACUAACUAAACCAACAAGAAAAUCAGCAGCAGUAGUGGCAAUAUUACGAACCAGUAGUAGCAGCAGUUUUGGUGACGAGUGGGGAAUAACGGACGAAAAAUCUAGCCGUCAUCACCUGUCAAUAAUAAGAAAGUACCCCUGCCUAUACGCAAGACAUCCGCAGAUUCUUCGUCCUCUGCUCUGACAUUUUUCAAUCCUCAUCUCUGUUUCGUUAUCUUAAGUUUUUCUCCCCAUUUUACCACCACGGAUCUCUCAACGCUAACCAACAUCAUGGAUCCUCAGACAUUCUUGAACAUCGCUCAAACGGUCACCAAGCUGAAAAUGUACCCGUAUUUCGACAUAGCACAUUACACGAUGAUGUGCUUGUCUGUUCGCGAGGACACCCCAAACCAGGAUUCAGAAUCAGACAAUACCUUCUCGCGCAAACAUCCUGUAUGCUGUUGGUUGUCUUGUAUGCUGACCUGUUUCGCUGGGAGCAUUCUUGCUAACUUGUUACUUGGAGAAGCCUGCUUGAUACCAUUUAAAAACCACACAGAUAUCCUAACAGCCACAGCAGUAUGGUAUUUGAUAUUUUACUCACCAUUCGACAUAGUUUACAAACUAGUCAAAUUUCUACCAUUCAAACUGUGCAUUGGAACUCUAAAGGAAACUCAGAGAGCUCACAAAGUUUACCAUGGUGUCACCUACACAGCCAAACUCUUCCCACAUGCCUACCUACUUAUUGUAAUAAUUGGUACUGUUAAAGGAGCUGGAAGUGGAAUCAUAAAAGCAUUUGACAGGUUUCUGCGUGGCAUUUGGGUCCCAAAUAGCAACGAGUUUCUGCAGCCUUCUUUAUACACAAAAGCUUGCUUGAUUGCAUCAAUAAUUUUUGUGCUGGAAAAAACCAGUGUGAUUGAAGCUCCACAUGCAGUGAUCUACUUUGGUGUCGUCAUUUUCUUUGUUUACUUCAAACUGUCCUCACUUCUCUUUGGAAUCCAUGACCCUUUUGUUCCAUUUGAGAACCUAUUCUGUGCGAUAUUCCUUGGUGGAAUGUGGGAUGCCAUGCGUCGCGCUAUCAGCAGCAGCAAGUCAUCUGAUGACUCUGGCAAAAGCAAGUCAGAGAAGAAGAAUGAUUAGAACUUGAAAUCAGGAAUAGUGGCAAAAACAUGGGUGGGAGAUAGUAAUUGGUAUGUUUUUUUUUUAGUUUUUUUUUUUUUUU